ACGGUGUUGGCGGGCUUCUGUAUUUUCUAAGAGAUUUUGUACGCAUGCGCACAAACAAUUGAGAUUUAAGAAAUAUCGGACAGAGGGUCCUGCUUCAAACGACGAACACAGACUUUGAUCCAAAAAUGGCAAUAACAAUCGAGGCCCUAGUGAUGUUAAUGUGUGUCCUACCUAUGCCGUCCCGAGGGUUCGGGAUGGGACCACCCCUGGGCGCAUGCGUGGAUAUGUGGCCCGUGCAUGGAGCUGAUGCCCAGACAUCAGACCCGCCUUACACGAUCACUGUCAGCAAGGACACGUAUACCCCCGGGGAGACCCUCACAGUGAUGGUAAACACAACGAUUAACGAAGACAUCAAGUUUUUUGAAGGUAUGAUCCUGCAGGCGAGGCGAGCCAACUGUUUACACAAACAUUUUGAGGAGGCAGUGGGGACGUUUGACCUACCAUUGGGUGAAACCUUCCUUGGUCUGCUUCACUGCCAGGGUGGACGCAACAGCGCUGUAGGACACAUUGCGCAUGCACAUAUUGUAGACAGAACGUUCACGUGGACUGCUCCUGCUACUUCCGUUGGCCAUAUUUACUUCCGAGCCACAGUUGCCAGACGUCAGAAGACGUUCUGGACAAAAGUGACGUCAAACUUCAUUCUGGACGCCUCUGAAUCAUCGUCUCCUCAGGUCUGUUCCGAUACAAACCAAACAGACCGACGACACGUGUACAAACUCAGCGAGGCUCUUGGAACAGUCACGUGGUUUAAUCAUUUUCGCCAUGAUAAUAUGGACAUCCAAGUAUUUAAACUAGAUAAAGGGUGGUUAAUUUAUACUAACUUGGACUGUAACUCGCCAUAUCAUCUUGGAACUUGUUAAUUUUGGGUAAUUGUGUGAUGAUAUUGCAGUUUAUAAGAUCGAGAGAUUUACGUAGAGGAUACCCAUGUAAGAGAGUACUGAGACAGUGUAAUUGAUGUAGAUAUAUUUCUAUCCUGCCUAAACAGACUGUUUGAUUAAUGUAUUCUCUUACAUAAAUUGAUCACAAUGAUAAGCUAUCGUAAUGGUUCAUUUAUUUUAAUUUCGCAUUUAUAUAUAUACACUAUAACUCUCAACUGGUUAGUUUUAUUCAUUGCUUAACAGGUUCACAUACACAUUUCUAUUUGUCAAAACAUCCAUCCAUGAAGAACUUACGUACUGUCUAGUUAGUUAUAUUCGCGGGUAUUUUAUUUUACUAUAUUUGCGGUCAUUGAAAAAUAAUUAUACCUUGAAUUAUAGAUUCGAUAUCAGACAUAUAACAUUUUCCGGGUAUAGAGUUUGCAAUAUGGUGUUGCGCUAAAAUUAAUACCCGCGAAAUUGCUCAGAAUGGGACAACCGCGAUACAUUGGCCCCGCGAAAUUAAAAAAAAUAUACAUUGUGUCGUAUUGGAAAUAAUGCUAUUGUAUAUAUCAACAUUAACAUUAUGUAUAUUUGACUCAUGACCAUUAGAUGGUACUCAUGAUUUCAAAAUAUGUGAGUCCCAUGUGUACUCGAAUCGUCUAUUCUCAAAAUGUAUAACUGAACGUACACAUAUAUAAAUUAACUAAUACUUGACGUGUAAUAUUUCUGUCCCAUUGUAUUCUUAAGUUCAUAUGAACAUUAACGCAAUAAAAAAAGCCAUCCAAUCCCUAUAUAACUACAUCAUUUUAUUUUUGAUUACUUACAUUAUAAGUUACUAACAUGACUACAUUCAUGAACGCAGCACAAUUGAUUGUUUAUGGAGGCAAUAUAAACGCAACCAGUAUAUAUUUGAUAUGCAGAGAAUGAAAAAUGAAUUCAUAAUACAGGUGUGUUGCUGUAUUUACAAAUAUGAAAUACAAUCUUUCUGGAAAAUG